GCAGCACCAGAGCGGGACCUCUGUCAAGAAGAAAACGCACACAGCAAUGGAUGGCAAAUCUCUUGCUGUCACUUUGGUUCUCUACUUGGUCUCAAUGGCAGGGUUGGAAGGUGAGGCCCUGGAGAAGACGGAUGAAAGAGGCUCCCAAUGCCAGUGCAUAAGCACUCAUUCCAAGUUCAUCCCUCCCAAGACUAUUCAGGAUGUGAGAAUAAGCCAAAGAAGACCUCACUGCAAAAACGUGGAAAUCAUAGCUACGCUGAAAGAUGGCAGGGAAGUGUGUGUGGAGCCCACGGCAGCCUGGGUCCGGCUCACUGUAAAGGCUCUGCUGGCCAGGGCCAGGGACAAUGUUGAGUCACCAGUCAAAGAAAAGUCAAGGAAGAAUAAACCUUGGAUUUCUGCAAGCAUAUGAAAUGAGAGAAAACACUGCUGCUGAGAAUGCCCUCUCUGCUACAUUACUACAGUUGAUUAUUUUUCUUUCUCUGAGAUGGCUGUUGAUUCAUCUCAUUUUCUUUGCUGUCACUCUCUCUAAACUUCUAUCUGUGAUAGAUCAAGGAGUUCAAGAUUAAUGAAAGCGUUUAAGUGUUGUAAGUAUGAGAAUAAACAAGAUGAAAUUAGUUAUCCUAAAUGGGCUUACUUAAAGCAAAAACAGAAUGGAUACAAUUAGCAAACACAUGAAUAAACACAUAAUGAGAAAGCAUCUGUGCAGCUUUGAAGGAA